AUGGAUCACCGUGUAAGCUUCCCCCAGCAGCCUAACGGCCAAAGGGGAAACGGUCCUGCGUUCAGUCAAAAUGCCGGGUUUCUUCCAAACAAUACCACUUACGGCUCAGGACCGAAGAACAAUCGGAAUGGGAACUGGAAUCCGCAAUUCCAGGGCCAAGGCCACAACCAGAACCCUCAUGGCCGAAAGAAUAAGAACAAAAACAAAAAGAAGAAUGCGCGCAAUCACGACUUCUCUGGCCUUCAACAAGGUUACAAUCCACGACAUGACCCCGGUGUGCCAAAGGGUCCUCGUCAGCAUCAAAACCAAAAUCACCACCGAGGCCAGAAUUCGUAUCCCCAAUCCUCUCCACAUCAGCCUCAUUGGACUCAACACACUUCCAAUCAGGGCCGGGGAUCCAAUGGAAACAACCGCCGCAACCAACAACAUUAUGGGUACAUGCAAAAUUCAUCGAACUACCAGGAGAACCAGCGGCCAGUCUUCUACCACGGCCACCCCAUCCACCACCAGGUGCCUUACCAGCAUCAGCGCCCUGGUCCAUUCCACGAUCUGGAUGACUCCUUGGAUUCGAUCAUUUCUGAUGCCGCUCCUCUUUACCCCCAAGGACCUUUCAUCCACUUUGGAAGAGUCGAGGAUAACGACAUCGAAAUGCCAGACGCACCACCUCUUGAUCAAUGCGUUCACGAUUAUCAAUCAGUAAGUGGUUAUCCAUAG